CGACUGCAGAGAACGAGACUUUGUUUUGGUUUUGGUCUCUGCUUGGCUCUGGUGUUAACAACAGCCAAAGCGAAAAGCAAAGAUACUAUCUACUUUCCUGACUUAAAUAAUAACUUCAGCACAUCAUCAUCAUCAUCGUCAGUUGCAACUGCUGUUUAGCUUGGUUAAUCAGACAACAAAUAUUGUAGAUCCCCUAAACAAUGGUGAAGUUUGCUGAAGCUGAGAAACGAGGGCGUGGAGGUGAGGGGGGUGAUCGGCGCUUCACCCCCCAGAUGAUGCUUGAACGACCAAAAAUGAGCCGAGCAAUGUGGGAGUCUUUAAAGUCUCACAUAGUUAGAGAACGUAAAAGGAAAAAAGAAGAACAAGAAGCAGAUGCUGAAGAAGAAAGACUUCGUAAAGAACGGGAAAACAGAAAGAAGCAACAUGCUAUGACCUUGGAAGAAACUAGAGAGAAGUUGUCUCAGAUGGAACAAGAUUUAACAAAUUUAAAGAACCAGAAACAUCAACUUUUUCAGGAGUUGAAAGUAGUUCUCAAUGAAGACGCAACACGCAAACGGGCCCAGCAACAACAGAACAAUUAUCUUAAAGAAAGUGAAAUGAUGGCUGUUCAUUCUUAUUCACAUGGUGCUAUUCCCUUGGGUGGUCACCCACAAAUGCUUUUCCAGUCUAGCCUUGUUGCUGGAAGAGCUACACUCCCUAUCCAUGGGUACAAAGUUCCACCCUCGCAACCACAGCCUUUAUUAACGCAAAGUACCAUUAAGCGUUCUCGUUCACCCACACCCCCACCACAGGCAUCGUAUGCCUACAAUUUCAAGAAUUUACCAAGCCAUGCACCUCCUGCUGGUUCUGUGACAAUCCCAACAUCAAAGGCAGGAAGUGCCAGCAGUGUGUACGUGACAGGUCAGGCCCCUUACUACCAUGGAACCUCGCAGCCCCAUGGCAGCUCAUCUCAAGCUGCUGCUUAUCUCCCGCCUGCGGCUCCCACCCACACAAACCCCCCUGCCCCAUCCCAAUCACAACCGCCCCCUCCCCGAGAUGAAAAGCAACGUAUGCAAAGUGUGUAUAUGUCAAGUAGUCGAGCUACCCAUGUUCCGGCCCAUCACCAAGCCUUGGACCACAAAGGCAAACCUGCUGGAAGUAGUUUUCUACCACCUGCAGAUGGGGGACAAGAGAAGUAUUUCACUCAAGGUGUUCGUUCACACAUACCAAUGCAUUCCGGGGUAUUACCAGUCCAAGCAUCACACCCAGGGGGUGGUAAGGCCGGAAGCAUCACAUCAGGAUUUCCAGUACGCACAGCCCCGUCUUCCCAGCCCCCGCCCCCAGUAGUGUGCUCUGGGUCACAUGUGAGUAAGCCUGAUGUCAAGCCAAGGUCUUUCACCAGUCAGCAAGGGAGUUACACUGGGCCUUUCUACUGAGGGUGUAAUUUUACAUACAAAACAAAAGUUUUUAGGUUUUAUUACAUUAAGGUUUUAAUAGUAUUAAGGUUUCUGUAUGAAUGGGGUAGCAGUGUUUGAUGCAACAGGUAGAGUGUAACACUCAUCUGUGAUAGUGAUGCAAUUUCAUUGGCUCAUUUUCCAAGUUGCUGCAAGUGAAAUUAAUUACUUACAGGACAUAAUGCAUUCUUUACCUUCCAUUAUUAUACAUAAUUCAUCCUUGCUUGUUCUUAUGUGGGUACAAGCACAAAGUAACAGUGCAGAAAGAUCAUUAUGUGAGAAAAUUUAAAGGAAGAAUUUUAAAGUAAUAAGUUCAAUAUCUUGCACAAGCCUUUGCAUACAAGUUGGUUUCAUAUUUUUAAGUUUUUGCUCAUUAUUAAUGGUGUUGUGUGACAAACAUGUAAAUAUCUUAGACUUGGGUUGUUAAUGGUCAACUUUUUGGAAUGAAUGUGUACACAGUAACUGAACAAUGUAUUUAAAACCAGGUGAAUUAAUUUAUAUUUGAAAAUGAGCACUGAUAAAAGGUAUUAUAGACAUGAAAAUUUUUUCUGCAAGCAACCUUACAAAUAUAUCAGAAGCUCAUUGAUUACUUAAUAUUAUGAUUAUGCAAGAUAAUCAGGGAACUGUAGUUUUAUAAAUACAGUAGUUCACUGAGAUAAUGGAUCUUGGUAUAUCGUACUUACUGAUAUGUAUAUCGGUGGGAUAUGAAAUAUUGAUUUGAGGGUUUUCAUCUCUGAUUGAGCGCUAAACUUUUGUUCAAAUCAUGCGUUCUCAAUCGCUACACCAUUCGCUUACUAGAAUCCCUUGCUUUAUUGUUACUGUUUCUUUGUUCAUUUACAUUCCUUUCAACUCUCAAAAUUAUGCUUAAGCUUUUACUGUCCUGCAAUUUAAAUUAAUAAACAGAUGCUUGCUGAUGUUAGUUACCGUAACUAACACACGUUUACCAAGAGUUGCAUUACAGUUGUAUUGUUAAAAACUUGCUUACUUUCAAUGUUAUUCCAUAAAUAAAAAUAAAAUACUUUUUAUUUACCCAUCACACAGUGGAGGUGUUAAGAAAGUAUGCCACAAACUUGAAGCAGCAGGUAUUAUAGUUGUGACUAAAGAAACAAAUAAUGAUAGACUCCAAAACAAUUUGGAGGUAAAAGUAACGCCCGAAACUGACAAAAUCUUGCACAUACUUCAUUAAAUUUACUCUGUUUAUAAGUAAAGUAGUUGCAGUUUUAAACCCAGAUUUGAUAAUUUACAAAAAAUCUCUCUGAAAAGUUUCAUGUGGCUACUAAAGAAAGUGAUGAUGUCAGUAAAAUGCAAUCAUCUGAUGAUUUUAAGAAUGUAAACAAAACCAGAAUGCAAAUGGUAUGUGAUCGCUUUGUUCAUAAUUUUGUAAUAUGUAUGAUAUGACAAUAAUAUGUACAUGGAAUAUGAUUAAUAGGUACAGUAAAAGAACAGUUUUAUUAAUUUCAAUACGUACAACUAAUAUUCAACUUUUGCAAAUUAGUAUGUUGGUGUACUAACAACCUAACUGGAGCAAUAGUCUUUCUCUCUCUCUCUCUCUCUGCAUUUCAUCAACCGCUAUAGUACUUAUGAUGAUGAUCUAUCCUCCACUAAAAUAUUCUGGAUGAAGGAUUGCCAGCUUGUACCGAUAUGAACAACUGAAUUGAAAAACAGCUGAUUGCAACUUCAUUUACCAUAACUAUACAUUUUUAUUCAUUCUAAAUAAAUUAAAGCUGUUGGUUAUAUCUGAGGCUGAAUAAAUUUAGUAAAAGGCAGGCUGUAUAAUGUUUUGGAAUAGGCAAGUGAUGUCGGGAACUAGCAAAAUCACAUUUACUGCUUUUACAAUAAAGUAAUAUGCAUAUUUUUUACCCAACUUUUUUAAUUUAUGGAAUUAUGUUUCCUCUAGCAGCUAAUGGCAAUGAAGCUGUUGGUAGUACUUAGACUACCAGUGGUCUUUGUAGUUUUCAAUCACCCAAGAUUUUGAGAAUGUAAUAGUAUCAAAUACAAAUGGUGUACGAUGUCAAUGUUUAUAUUCUUCAGUGAAGUAACAGCCCAAGAAGAGUCUACUUGAGACUCAGAGGUCUGGAAAAACUAACCCCUAUUAAUAAUAAAGGGAAGUAACAAUGUGAUGGUAAUACAUGCAAUUUACUGUAAUUGGAUGCAGCAAGCAAAACUACCUUUAUUUAAAUCAUCAUUAUUAUUAACAUAGUACGUAGUACUGUUUAACCCUUGCAAAUAAUUACUUUCCUCCAGAAAAUAUUGAGGCUUUUAGAGCUUUUCUGCUUUUAGAAUUACGGAUAAGAGAUUGUAAACUUGCAUAAAUAUUCUGCUGUGUAUACAUUAAUAUUAUUAUUUUAAAAUGAGUAAACUUGUUAUAAGCAUUUACUUAAGAGUAACAGUUGCAGGUGGGUAAUGAUGGUUUGGGGUGUAUUUUUGUUUGAAAUUAUAUUAGAUUGUAUUAGUAUGAUAAUUUAAGGUAUAUUUUUGUUAGAAUUAUUAAAAUAGGCUGUGAACUGUUAAAAAAGCCAGUUACAAGCAUUAUAGAGUAAGAGGUACAGAGUAUAGAUAUACUUUAUAGCAAAAGCAGGCAUUCAUAUUUGUCCGUUAUCUCAGUAAACUACUGUACUGUACAUGCAUUGUAGUGUCAGCGAUUUUAAAAUGAUUCGAGACUUACAGCCCACUCGACUUGCUUCCAUGUAUAGCAUGACCUAAAUUUUUUAGAAAUCGAAAUAAAAAUGUAAUAUCAUAUAAAAUAAUACAAAAGUAAAUCCUGUAUAUGUAUAGGAAAGGCAAAUAUAGAAAAUAAAUUUCAUCAUUUUAAAAAUAAUGCAUAAAUAGGUACAAUGUGUACAACAUACACAGCUCCUUUUAGCCCAUGAUAGUCAUGAGAAGAAGACCCGAUUGUAAUUAGGACCAUUUGCAUUUAGAGGUAUCAGUAUCUUUAGAGUGCAGUCUAAAGUACAAAUAGAAAAGAAUAAUAUAGUAUCUUUAUUUUUUUUUAAUUGUUUAAACUAAUCCUCAAAACCUUAGAGGCCUGGAGCUUUUGUUGUUAUCUGUCUGUAUUGUGUAAAGUAGAGCUUAUUUAUUAUGAUGUUAUUUUAAUGAAAGAUAAACAUGCAUAUGGACAUUAAUUAGCAUAAAAUAUAGACUGCAGGUUUCUCAGAUUUAAGUGACUACGUAAGUUUCCAUCGCAACAGCAAGCGUCAUUAAUGUUUCUCUCGAUAAACUAAGUUUGAUUGUAAAAAAUAGAAAAUUAUGAAAUUUACUAAAGUACUUAAUGGGAAACAGACUCGGAAAGGAAGGAGAGUACAUAUACAUAUUCCUUGUUCUUUAACUUCAUAGAAUAUUUCUUUGACUGGUAUCUAUGAUAUCAGAGCAGACUUUGUUUCAAGUACAGUGUGUGUUGAUAGGAAGACUGCAUUGUAAUAAAUCUCAUAGACAA